AUGUUUCUAUCCCUUUGCAGAAACGUGCGCGCUGGUUUUCCGAGGCUGUUUCCCCUAGAUGAUGUCGACAGUGUGGGCGAUGAGGCUUCUGUGGAUUCUUCGGAUAGUGUGGGUGUGGACUGUGUAGAUGUGGUUAUGGUGGCUGUGCCUGCGGAGGGGCCUGGUAGGAGUGGGAUUCCAUGCCUGGGCGGCGUACUGAACAAUGGGUCUCACAAAGGAAGAAUAAAGCAACCUGAAAGGAUCUUUGACCAAGUUCCUAAGCAGUCACCAAGACAACAGUCACCAAGAAGCAGUCACCAAGACAACAGUCACCAAGACAACAGUCACCAAGACAACAGUCACCAAGACAGCAGUCACCAAGACAACAGUCACCAAGACAGCAGUCACCAAGACAACAGUCACCAAGACAGCAGUCACCAAGACAGCAGUCACCAAGAUAACAGUCACCAAGACAACAGUCACCAAGACAGCAGUCACCAAGACAACAGUCACCAAGACAACAGUCACCAAGACAGCAGUCACCAAGACAACAGUCACCUAGACAGCAGUCACCAAGACAGCAGUCACCAAGACAACAGUCACCAAGACAACAGUCACCAAGACAACAGUCACCAAGACAGCAGUCACCAAGACAGCACUCACCAAGACAACAGUCACCUAGACAGCAGUCACCUAGACAGCAGUCACCAAGACAGCAGUCACCAAGACAGCAGUCACCAAGACAACAGUCACCAAGACAGCAGUCACCAAGACAGCAGUCACCAAGACAACAGUCACCAAGACAGCAGUCACCAAGACAGCAGUCACCAAGACAGCAGUCACCAAGACAACAGUCACCAAGACAACAGUCACCAAAGACAGCAGUCACCAAGACAACAGUCACCAAGACAGCAGUCACCAAGACAACAGUCACCAAGACAACAGUCACUAAGACAACAGUCACCAAGACAACAGUCACCAAGACAGCAGUCACCAAGACAGCAGUCACCUAGACAGCAGUCACCAAGACAGCAGUCACCAAGACAGCAGUCACCAAGACAACAGUCACCAAGACAGCAGUCACCAAGACAGCAGUCACCAAGACAACAGUCACCAAGACAGCAGUCACCAAGACAACAGUCACCAAAGACAGCAGUCACCAAGACAACAGUCACCAAGUCAGCAGUCACCAAGACAACAGUCACCAAGACAACAGUCACCAAGACAGCAGUCACCAAGACAGCAGUCACCAAGACAACAGUCACCAAGACAGCAGUCACCAAGACAACAGUCACCAAGACAACAGUCACCAAGACAGCAGUCACCAAGACAGCAGUCACCAAGACAACAGUCACCAAGACAACAGUCACCAAGACAGCAGUCACCAAGACAACAGUCACCAAGACAACAGUCACAAAGACAGCAGUCACCAAGACAGCAGUCACCAAGACAGCAGUCACCAAGACAGCAGUCACCAAGACAACAGUUACCAAGUCAGCAGUCACCAAGACAACAGUCACCAAGACAACAGUCACCAAGACAGCAGUCACUAAGACAACAGUCACCAAGACAACAGUCACCAAGACAAGUCACCAAGACAGCAGUCACCAAGACAGCAGUCACCAAGACAGCAGUCACCAAGACAACAGUCACCAAGACAGCAGUCACCAAGACAACAGUCACCAAGACAGCAGUCACCAAGACAACAUCACCAAGACAACAGUCACCAAGAGAGCAGUCACCAAGACAACAGUCACCAAGACAGCAGUCACCAAGACAACAGUCACCAAGACAGCAGUCACCAAGACAACAGUCACCAAGACAACAGUCACCAAGACAGCAAUCAUCAAGACAGCAGUCACCAAGACAACAGUCACCAAAAGACCAGUCACCAAGACAACAGUCACCAAGACAACAGUCACCAAGACAGCAGUCACCAAGACAGCAGUCACCAAGACAACAGUCACCAAGACAACAGUCACCAAGACAGCAGUCACCAAGACAGCAGUCACCAAGACAGCAGUCACCAAGACAGCAGUCACCAAGACAGCAGUCACCAUGACAACAGUCACCAAGACAGCAGUCAAUAAGACAACAGUCACCAAGACAGCAGUCACCAAGACAGCAGUCACCAAGGAGCAAUCCCCAAGAGAGCAGUUACCAAGUGUCAAGGACCUUGGCGUCAUCUACGAUCCUGGCGCCGAACUACAGCAGUUGACCCUCCCAGUGAUCAUAGUUUCCCAUCUGUUAGUCUGCCAGGCUGAAAGAAGACGAAUAACCGCGGACGAGAGAGGGACGUGA